AUGUCAGUCACUUCUGUCGAUAUGUCGGCCAUGGAGUCAAAGCCGGAUAGCGUGGUGCAGUUGGAGCUUGACUCGCAGCUGAGCAGUAUUAUGAACAACAUCGCGGCCGCUAGGGUACCCGAAACCUCGGAAAGCAAGAACAAUGAAGGAACAGCUGAGAGGAGCUUUUGUCGGGAUAGUAAGCCCUGUGAGCCGAUCGCCGUGGUAGGCAUGGCAAUGAGACUACCGGGCGGGGUCCCGGAAACACGAUAUAAUGUCGAUUCCUUCUAUCAGCAGGCGAAACCAAAUGCCAUUCGAACCAAAAAAGGGUAUUUCUUACAGGAAGAUCCAACGGAGUUCGAUACUGGCUUCUUCGGCAUAACCAACUAUGAAGCAAGUCGACUUGACCCUCAGCAAAGACUGCUGCUAGAGGUGGUGUGGGAAUGUAUGGAAAAUGCCGGACAGGUGAACUGGAAGGGCAGGGAUAUUGGGUGCUGGGUUGGGGUGUUCGGGGAGGACUGGAUGGAUCUAUGCGCCAAGAAUAUCCAAUACACUGACCGACUACAUGCUUUAGGGGCUGGAGACUAUGCUCUCGCAAACCGUAUCUCAUACGAGUAUGACCUUACCGGGCCAAGGUUGACAUUGCGCAGUAUGACCGUUCAAACUGGCUGCUCAUCGUCACUGGUAGGGCUGCACGAAGCUUGCCGGGCCAUCAGCACCGGUGAUUGUUCCUCGGCAAUCGUGGCGGGCACCAGUCUGAUUUUGAGCCCUACGAUGACCACGACUAUGUCGGAGAAUAUGGUCCUCUCUCCUGACGGGAUCUGUAAAACCUUUGAUGCUGGAGCUGAUGGCUAUGGACGCGGCGAGGCAAUCAAUGCGGUGUAUCUAAAGCCACUGAAAGACGCACUAGCAGCUGGCGACAGAGUACGAGCGGUUAUCCGGUCAUCUGCCACAAACUGCGAUGGUAGGACAGUGGGGAUCACGACCCCUGGAGCACCAACGCAAAAGCAAUUAAUUAGGAAGGCAUACCAAAAGGCAGGUAUCAGCGACAUAACUGAUACAGGCUUUUUCGAGUGUCAUGGAUCUGGGACCGUUGUUGGUGAUACAGCAGAAUUGUCAGUUGUUGCAGAUCUGUUCAAAGAGAAAGGUGUCUAUAUUGGAGCGGCAAAACCAAACUUCGGUCAUUCAGAGGGUGCCUCGGGUAUCACUGGCAUCAUCAAGGCAGUUUUAGCCCUUGAAAAGAAUGUGAUACCACCUAAUAUCCAUUUCAAGGAACCAAAUCCUAAAGUACCAUUCAAGGAAGCCAUGCUCCAAGUCCCGCUCGAGCCAAUUCCAUGGCCACAGGACAGGCAUCCGAGAGUUAGCGUUAACUGCUUUGGCAUCGGUGGUUCCAAUGCGCAUGCAAUCUUGGACUCCGCUGCAUCAUACGGGCUGGUGGAAGAUCGGAACCCAUCUCAACACGAGAAUACCCAAUCGUUUCUGUUCCUAGUGUCUGCUGCAAGUCCAACGUCGCUAAGUCAACGUGUAAAUGACUUAACAGAAUAUGCUAAGCGAACAGCCCUAGAAUUCCAAGACCUGGCAUAUACCCUUGCAAUAAAACGGGAGCAUUUGCAUCACCGCACCUUUUUUGUUGGAGAGGCAGAUGGCAGUAUUACCAAAAGCGAACGGACAGCACGUCGAUUCGAUUCAACCCAGUUGACAUUCGUGUUUACAGGACAAGGAGCCCAAUGGCCCGCCAUGGGGAAAGGGCUUCUGGAAUGUUUUCCCAUAUUUCAGCAGGAUAUACAAAGAAUGGAUAGGGUGAUCCAAAGUUUAGAACAGCCACCGAACUGGAGUAUCGAAGGUAGGUUUUUGGUUCUAGAUACCGAGGAUUUGGAGCCCUUACUGACUAAGCGUGGUCGUGUAGAUGAGCUCAUAGCAGGCGAGGACUGCUGCAGAAUACAUGAAGCAGAACUGUCCCAAACACUCUGUACAGCGGUCCAGAUUGGAAUUGUCAACCUUCUUGCACGUUGGGGUGCAAAGCCAGAUGCGGUAAUAGGCCACUCAAGUGGCGAGAUUGCGGCUGCAUAUGCCGCUGGGGCAAUGUCGCUUGAGUCAGCUAUCGUCGUGGCAUAUUAUCGAGGGCAAGCAGUUAAAAUGGCCCAAGGAGGAGCUAUGGCAGCUAUCGGCCUCAUGGCUGAAGACGUCAAGCGAUAUCUGGUUGAAGGUGUGGGGAUAGCUUGUGAAAAUAGUCCCCAAAGCACCACAAUAUCAGGGGAUAGCGAGAAGGUUGACGAAGUCAUUGAGAAAAUUCAGUCGGACAAUGCGGACACAUUCUGUCGCCGGUUGCGGGUUGACAAAGCAUAUCAUUCCGGCCAUAUGGUGGAGGUGGGAGCCUUUUACGAAGAAAUCAUCAAGUCAAAAAUCGAGACAAACAGCAACAUGGUGCCUUUUUGGUCCACAGUUACAGGUUCGUUUCUCAAAUGUCCGGGCGAUCUAUCGGCUAAAUACUGGCGUCAAAACUUGGAGUCCCCUGUGCUAUUCCGCCAAGCUAUGGAAGCAAUUCUACAACAUGAACAGGAGGCAGGACAAGUGUUUGUCGAGAUUGGAGCGCAUUCUGCCUUAUCGGGACCUAUCCGUCAAAUCAUACAGACGGGGAACAUAUCCAAAGCCACCUACGUCCCCACACUAAUAAGGAAACGAAAAGCAAACGUUUGCUUAAUGGAAGCCAUGGGAUGUUUAUGGGCCCACGGUGUUCCAACAGUUGAUCUCCAAAGUCUUGUAGGGCAAGGUCAGGUGUUGACAAACGUGCCACCAUAUCCGUGGGACCAUCGAGCAAAACUACUUCACGAAAGCCGUCUGGUACAUAACUGGAGAUUUCGUGCAUUUCCACAUCAUGAGCUUCUCGGCUCUAGAAUGUUCGGCGCUAGUGACCUAGAGCCUAUGUGGUCAAACCUGCUUCGCCCUGAUGAUGUUCCUUGGCUAUUCGACCACGAGCUAACUAAAAGAAUUGUUUUCCCAGCGGCUGGUUUCGUAGCGAUGAUAGGUGAAGCGAUCCGCCAGGUCGACGGCUCUGAAAGUUAUUCCCUGCACCACGUUCUUUUAAAGGCUCCUUUGCUUUUGGCAGAGGGCCAUACGAUGGAGGUUGUUACCAGUCUAAAACCUGUAAAGGUAUCAGACUUCCUUGAUUCACACUGGUAUGAGUUCACUAUUUCUGCAUACGACGGUGAGGACUGGGUCAAGCAUUGCCAGGGACAGGCUUGUGCUAGCUUUGAAAAAAAUAUGGAAUCCAAGAAGAUCUCCCCAUUGAGUCGCAAAGUGUGCUCCGAGACGUGGUACCGACUUAUGGCAACAUAUGGCCUACGAUAUGGGCAGCGUUUCAAGGGUCUACAAGACAUAACAUCGGACCCCAAGCAGAAGAUAGCAACAGCAACAAUGAUUGAAGAUCAUACCGCGCAUGAAAGCCACUAUACGCUACACCCGAUCAUCAUUGACCAAUGUCUACAAAUCAUGAGUGUGGCGAUGUGUUCGGGUAUGGCUGGCGUAUUUGACCAAUUGACAGUGCCUUCAUUUUUUGAACUGAUCUGCGUCAGUUCCGGGAACGGGAAACUUGCUGUCGAGGCUGAUGCAUACAAAACAUCCACAAGUAUAACGACAGGAAGCGCCAUAUUGGUGUCCGGAGAGUCUCCUAUAUUGUCUAUUGAAGGUGCAGCAUUUUUCUCUGUCACUGAUAGUGGGGAGACUUCGCAACAUGGUUUCCCGCUAGUAACCCACACCAAUUGGGCACCGGACUUGGAUCUUCUACCGCCGAAAGAGCUUCUCUCGUUCCGUCCCGUAGGAAGGGAUGGUGGCCUAUAUGCAGAUAUAAUUCUCUGCGUGAUAUCAGAAGCCCACUAUCGCAUCAAGGAUAAGGUUCCAGCUACCGAACAUCUCAGCAAGUAUAAAGAUCUCAUUGCGAGGUGGGUGGAGGACAUCCGAAACGGUGUUCCUCCGACUCCUCCGCAUGCACGAAGAUUUCUUGAAUUGGACACCCAACAAAGGAUGUGUCUUAUUGAUGAGCUUUCAGCAAAAGCCCAGACGCAGGAAUCAGACUGUCUAGCAAUGAUUAGUAUGGUCAAAACUGUUUUGUUGCACAUCUGUGACAUGAUUGUUGGUUCGGAAUCUCCCCUGCACGUUCUCGUGGAUGAGGAUGGGCUGGCGGAUCUGUAUUACCAACCAUCCCUGUGGGGGUGUUGGCAUGAGCUACUCAACUUACUGAUGCACUCUAAUCCCCGGGCCAAGAUAUUGGAAAUUGGGGCUGGCACAGGAGGAAGUACUACAGUCAUAUUAGAUCAUCUGCGCUCCCCUGAUGGAGUGCCAAUGUAUGGGAGCUACGUAUUUUCAGAUAUCUCUCCUGGUUUUUUGCAUAGUGCAAAAGAGAAAUACAAGGAUCGAAAAAACAUGGAGUAUCGCCUACUGGACAUAAGCAAGGAUCCAGUUCUACAAGGGUUUGAAUACGGGUCAUUUGAUAUUAUUGUUGCUUCCAAUGUCAUCCAUGCAACAGAGUGCCUCAAUACCACCUUGCAAAAUGUGCGGAAGCUCCUUGCUCCUGGUGGUCGAUUAAUCCUUCAGGAACUCUGGCCAGGCAAGUAUAUCCUCCACUCAUUUUUAAUGUUUAAAGGUGUGCUUCCCGGUUGGUGGAUAGGUGAAAAGGAUGGUCGUGGUGCAAGGCCCUACAUAUCUCCAGCGCAGUGGAACACUGAACUUCUCAGGGCAGGCUUCACAGGCGUUGAGGCAGCAGAGUUUGAUGACGAAGGAAUGAGCAGACUCAUGGUGAACAUACUGUCACGGAACCCAAGUCACCCCCCUCAAGCAACUGAUGUUACUAUUGUACAUCGCGCUGAGGUCGGAGAAUGGGAGAACAGUGUUGCCCAAAACUUCGUUGCCGCUGGUUACACAGUCUGCUGGAUGGCAUUUGAUGAGGUGACCUGUCCUGCUACCUCAGGGAUUGUUUUCCUCUUAGACCGACCUGGACCCUUUCUACAUGAUGUCUCCGCUGAGCAGCAUGAACGUCUCAAGAGAUACUUAGGAGAGAACCGGGAAGCAACUAUGCUCUGGGUUACAUCAACAUGUCAAACAGUUUGCCAUGACCCUCGUUAUAGCCUUGUUCUUGGAUUGGCUCGUACUUUGAGAAGGGAGUUAGAGUUGAAUCUCAACACCCUGGAGGUUGAUUCUUACAGCCUAUUGGCAUCUGACAGCAUCAUACCAGUCUACAAACAGGUUCAACGUCAUAAAGACUGUCACAUCAUCCCUGACAGUGAAUAUAUUUUACAGGAUGGGAAGGUCAACAUAGCCAGAUUCCAUUGGACGAACCUCGCAACUGAAUUAUGUCAUAUGUCGAGUGACGAGACCCCAAAGAAACUUUCAAUGACUAGUUGCGGUGUCUUUGAUACAAUGUACUGGAAGUCUGUUGAUCUUCCCACAGUCGGGAAGGACGAAGUUAUUGUCGACGUUAAGUUCGCCGCGCUAAACUUUAAGGACAUAAUGGUUUCAAUGGGAGUACUGGGGCAGAUUGAAGACCUGGGGAUUGAAGGAAGCGGUGUGGUUGUCCAGACAGGAAGCGACGUCCAACAUGUUCAUAAUGGUGACAGAGUUCUCUUCGUCGCCUCUGGCUCUUUACAGACACGAAAGGUAAUACCUGUCAGGAUGUGUCUGAAGGUUCCUGAGUGCCUUUCCUUAGAAGAUGCUGCCACGAUGCCUGCAGUCUUCGCGACAACGAUCUAUUCUCUGCUACAUCUAGCUAGGUUAAAGAAGAACCAGGUACGCCCGCUACCUUCCAUCAAUGUGUGGGCCUCGCGGCCAUUCAAAUAUGCCAAAUGGUGGGGGCAAAUGUACGCAUACAUCCAUCUGCUUCCCUGGACCCUGCUAAAGGUUUCACAGAUAUACGCUACUGUUGGGAACGGGAACAAAGCACAGCACCUGAUAGAUACUUAUGGCAUACCCAGGAAUCAUAUAUUCAACUCAAGGGAUGCUUCAUUUCUCCAGGACCUUAUGCGCUGCACAGGCAAUAGGGGUGCGGAUGUUGUUUUGAAUUCCUUGGGAGGGAAUCUGCUUCAUACAUCUUGGAAAUGUGUGGCACCUUUCGGCAAGAUGCUUGAGCUCGGUAAACGAGACUUCCUUGGGCAUGGUAUGCUCUCCAUGGACCUCUUCAUAUCCAAUAGGUCCUUUUUUGGGGUAGACCUCAAUCAAUUCUUUGAAGAAUAUCCGGAUGAAUUCCAUGACACUGUAUUGGAUAGAUUUCUGGAGAUGGUCGAGCAACGCCAAAUAAGCCCAAUUCAACCAAGAACCAUCUUCGAAGCGAGCGAUAUCAUUAGUGCCUUCCGAUACAUGCAGCAGGGGGUACAUAUGGGGAAGAUCCUCGUAAAGAUGCCCGAGUCACCUGGUGACCUCCCCCGGGUAAAGGAUAAAAGGACCAUAGCAUUCAACCCCGACGUGUCCUACCUGCUUGUUGGUGGCUUGGGUGGGAUAGGCCAAGCAGUUGCCCGCUGGAUGGCUUGUCACGGAGCUCGAAGCCUUGUAAUAUUUUCUCGUUCAGCAGGUCAAUCCGAUGACCACCAAAUGUUCAUUCGGGAGCUGGAUGCUAUUGGAUGUCAUGUCCACACUGUGAGUGGAGAUGUUACUCAUCUGCCAGACGUUCAAAGGGCAGUGGAGGGUUGCGCUAGACCCAUCGCCGGUGUUAUCAACCUAUCCUUGGCCCUCAGUGACCAUUUGUACCUUGAAAUGUCCCAUGAUCAAUGGACGGUACCGAACAGGGUUAAGGUUUUAGGCACAUGGAACCUGCAUUCCGCAUUGCAAAACGUCGCAUUGGACUUUUUUGUGGUCUUCAGCUCAAUGUCUGGACAAGUCGGCAACCCAGGCCAAGCAAACUAUGCUGCAGCAAGCACAUUCUUAGAUGCCUUUGUUCAAUACCGCCAUGCUAACGGCAUGCCAGCGUCAGUGCUAGAUAUUGGCUGUGUGGAGGGUAUCGGGAUUCUUAAACAGACACCACAUGUUGUGCAGAGAAUGCGAGCGAUAUCAGCGCGCUUUAUCGAGGAGUCAGAGCUAAUGGACACCCUGCACUUGGCGAUUCUGCGGUCCCACCCUGAGUUAUACAAUAAGAAAGGACCUCAAUCUGCGGGUCUGGGCAUUGGGCUUUGUCCAACAAAGUCAUUCAGUCAGGUACAGGACCUUCCAUUCUGGACACUGGAUGCUCGUGCGCGUGCCAUUGCCAACUAUGACUCAUUUCAACAAUCAGACAGCAAUGCUGAACCCGACAACCUCCAGGAGCUGAUGGACGAAGUGGAAGCCAACCCCGCUACGCUAAAGGAUCCCGAAGUUGAGAAGAGGAUACGGGGAGAAGUUGGACGUUUGAUCGCCACAUAUAUAUCCAACCACGAGGAUAUGACUGAUAAUGAGAUUAACAAUAUCACAAUUGAUUCACUUAUGUCCAUUGAGAUCAGAAAUUGGACCCGGCGCCGACUUCACGUCGAUGUGGCUAUCCCAGAAAUUUCGAAAGCAGGGACCGUGGGGAGAUUAGGAACUCUUGUGGUAGAGAAGAUGAAGGCCAAAUACAUUGCCCAACUGGAGGAAUCUACAUGA